CCACACAACAUUUUAACAAACCCAACAUGGCCACCAAAUGUACAAUCCCAAUAAUCGAUUUUCUCGAUUUACCCAACCAAAUGUCCAACCUGAUUGCAGCUAGUGAAGAGUGGGGUUGUUUCCGGCUAAUCAACUGCCACAACAUACUUCCGGUGACUCUGAUGUCAGAUAUGAAGGUUUUGGUUCGAUCUCUGCUUGAUCUACCGGUCGAGAUCAAGCACCGGAACCUCGGUGUUAUCGUCGAUAGUGGGUAUAUGGCUCCAUCGUCCAAGAAUCCCUUGUAUGAGUCUCUUGGGUUGUACAACACAGUGUGUUGUGCUGAUGUCGAUAAGUUUUGUUCUCAGUUGGAUGCUUCGCCCCAUCAAAGGGAGACCAUCAUGAAAUAUGUUGAAGCCGUACAUGAGCUUUCUAUGAGGAUUGGAAAGACACUAGCUGAAAGUCUAGGGGUAAAAAGCGCAAAUAUGGGAAUAGAGAAGUGGCCAUGCCAAUUCAGGAUAAACAAAUAUCAUUUCACCCCUGAAAGUGUUGGAUCCCCUGGUGUCCAAAUACACACUGACUCUGGUUUCUUAACCAUCCUUCAAGACGACGAAGGCGUUGGCGGUCUAGAAGUCAUGAACAAGUCCGGCGAGUUCAUCCCCGUCGAACCAUGGCCAGACACCCUUCUUGUUAACCUCGGUGACACGGCAAAAGUGUGGAGCAAUGGAAGGUUUUGCAAUGUGAAGCACAGGGUGCAAUGCAAGGAAGCUAAGAUACGAGUGUCGAUUGCAUCGUUUCUUUUGUUCCCAAGUGAGACGGUACUGGAACCUCCACUAGAACUAGUGGACGAUGAUCAUCCCCGUCGGUAUGUUCCUUUUAUGUAUCAAGAUUACAGGAAGCUGAGGCUCUCGACAAAGUUGGAGGCGGGUGAAGCUCUUGCUCUUCUGCAUACACCCAUCUCUCACAAGUGAUAAACCAUUAUUGAUUUACUUUCUAUUGUCAUGUUAAAUAAUUUGUGUUUGACUGUAUGGUAAACACAAAAUUUGAGGUUUGUUGAUUCAUAAUUUUAUAUAAAAAUGC